AUGGCAACUCCCAGCCUCAUCCAUGCCUCCAACGCCCUAGCGUCUCUCGACUCUGCCACAAUCUCAUUCAAGGCAUCAUAUAUCCACCAGUUCGAUCAAGCAGGCCUCUUUGUUCGCCUGACACAUCCGUCACACCCCUUGCCCAAGUGGAUCAAGACCGGAAUCGAGUAUUUCGACGGUGAGCCCCGUAUCAGCGUCGUCUGUUGCGAUAACUACUCAGACUGGUCUGUCGCGUCCCUUCCCGCCAGCAUCUCUGAUGCCGUCACCAAGGGCGAAAAGGAAAUCACAAUCCGGCUAGAGGUCAAAGAAACUACCGUAUGGAUCUACCGGGUUGACGAGGACGGCAACAACGUGCCCCUGAGGGAGAUUGCCUGGCUCUUCGCCGACCGAGGUAAAGGAUGGACAGCGGAGAUUGGUGCUUGCGUUGCUAGGCCGGCUGAGGAAACCAGGGAUGAGUUUGAAGCUACGUUCACCAAGCUUGAGGUACAGUGGAAGUAG